CUCAUUGGCUCAGCGCCCCCGGCGCGCCCGCGCGGGCGGCCUGUCGGGCGCGCAGGGCCGCUCGCCGUGCGCCCUCGCCGCCGCCAGUCCGCCUCGCCAGCAGCGGGAGAGCAGCGCGCCCACGCGCGGGGGCAGGGCGGGCGCCCCUCCCGCGCACGGGCCAGCGGGAAGGGCGCCCCCAGCGAGGCGCCGUGCCGCCGCACCGCAGGCGGGCUACCCAGCCAGGCCCUUGCGAGGCGGCGCGAGCCCGCCAGGACCGCCCGCAAGAAAGAGGCGCCUGGGCGGCGUCCGCCGCGGGCGGCGGAGGCGGGCGCCGCAGGGCACGCGGCGCUGCUGGCGCCUUGGCCUUGGGCUGCGUCGCCGACCUGCUGCGCGCCGGACCGCUGCCCAGCGGUGUCGCACCCGGGAGGGUCGGCUGGGUCCACGCAGGCGCAAUCGAACCACGCCCGCAUCCCUUGGCAUGCUGCCCUCGCAGCAGCAGCUUCCCGGCUGGGCAGCGCCGGCAGCGGCAGCGGUCACAUCGCCUGGUCGGCCAGAGCCUCCAGGCGCGCGCGCCGCGGCAGGACGCCCGUCAGGGACCUGGCGGCAAGCAGCAGGCCCGCUGCGCUGCUGGGGUGA